CUCAGGUAUAAACCAACAGCGCUUGCCUGGUAGUUGCCCAGGUAACUGUAGCCUACCUGGUGGGUGUUUCCAGUCAUUUCCUACCCUCUACAAUCGUUUUACAUGUUAUUUCUUAAACACAACAGCUCACUCGACGUUCCAGGAUAAAAAAAAUGUGAUUUUCAUUAUCAUCUUCAGAAAAUGGCCUAUUCUCCUCUAUAUCAGGACGAUUUGUUACAACCGAUAUUGCAUGGAAACGUCACUAGCGUGCCAGAUCCUCCUUCGAAACUUUUAAAAAUAUAUUUAGCUUCAAUAAAAUCAGAAUUCGAACAAGAACGAAGACAUCUUCACGAUGUAGUGCUGCCAGAGUUACAGCGUCAUUGCACAGCAAAUGGAAUAGACGUGGAAUUAUUAGAUUGUCAGCAAGGUAACGACGUCGAUUCAACUUUAGAUCCAAAUCUUUUCCAUCAAGAAUUACAAGAAAUUGAAGAAUGUCAUCGUCUUUCCUUCGGAUGCUUCUUCUUGUGCCUCGUUGGUUCCAAGUACAAGCCUUAUCCAUUGCCUAAAUCUGUAGAAGCUACUGAAUAUAGUGCCAUAUACGAAGCAGCUGCUGAUGCUGGUUUAGAUACUUCAACUCUCGAUCAAUGGUAUGCAGUUAAUAACAACAUAGUUCCUGCUGCUUACGUGUUACAAUCCAUUCACAGCAAGUACAAGAAAUGGAGUAUAAGGAGGUCCUAUAAUUGUAGCAGAAUUCAACAUGAUUCUGAUGUACGUGGUUGGAUAGAUGAACAAAAACAACUUUCUACAAUAUUUCGUUACGGAGCGAGGAUUGCUAAAGACGAGGGACGAAUUAGUGAGGAAGUAUACAGAAAAUAUUCUCUAUCAGGAGUCCAUACACAAUUACUUCAUGCUCUAAAACUAUCAAACACAGCUCAACACCGUAUCUUAUGCAUCGUACGACAAUUUGAAGAUUUACAAGAUGAUAAUUCAGAAGAAGAGAGCUUUAAUGGUCUUCAAUCACUAAUUGAUGAUAUUGUGAUAUCAGUUAACAGAAGAAAUACUCAUUACUUCAGUGUGAAUGCCCAGGAUAGAUUCAUCAAUCCGGAAAAAGAAGAGCAUGCAAGAUAUCUAGAAAAAUUUGGAGAAGUUAUUGUUAACUGUUUAAAAACUAUGAUCGAUGAAACAACGGCCAUUACUCCCAACUGGGAUACUUUUCCACCUCAUGUAAGAAAAGCUGUUCAGGAGGUGGUAAGAGAAUCUCAGACACAUUUAUGCAACAGUAGGAGAUACUUAAAAGUAUUAGGUGUAUCUCAAUCCCUGGAUAGUGAUUGUGGCCCUCUACUACAAAUACAACAGCUAGUACUAGGAGAAGAAGAAAGAUUGCGUCACACUCCUAUUAUAGUUUAUGGUAAAGAAGGAUGCGGAAAAUCCACUCUCCUCUCUCGAGUAUUCAUGUAUACUACAGAAUGGAUAGGGAGCGAUGUAGUUAGAAUAAUACGCCACGUGGGUCAUAGCCCGUGCUCUACUUUCACCCCUGAACUAUUAAGGAACUUGUGUCUUCAUAUAAGUCUAGUUUUUGGCUUCGAAAUCACACCCCACCAUUACAGUUACGAGUUGGGAAAGCUCAGCAUCUGGUUUCAAGACUUGUUAAAGAUGGUCGAAACAACUACCAGCGAUCUCAUCAUCGUUCUUGAUGAUCUACACGAACUUAGAUCAGCAACUAAUAACCAAGCAGCCAUUUUGGGAUGGUUACCAUGGAACCUCCCUAGCAACGUCCACAUAGUGUGUUCAGUAGCCGAAGAAUCUUCAAACGUAUUGUCACUUUUAAAAUCUCGAUUAUCAUCAGCUGAUGCUUACGUCUACUUAUCAUCUCUGAGUACUACUUCAGCAUCUAGCAUGCUUCAAUCUAAUUUAAAAGAUGAUAGAUGUAUGUUGACAUCCGAACAAUGGAAAGAAGUGAAGAGAAGAUUACCAGAACAUUUCAUAUGCCCUCUUUAUGUCAAAUUACUUUCUCAUCAAGCUAAAAAAUGGACAUCUUGGAAGGACAUACAAGAUAGUGAUGUCCCUCAGACACUCGAACAAUUGACAUUCUCGAUAUUAAAGGAUAUUGAGGAUAAACACGGGACAGUACCCGUGCGUAAGAUAGCCUGCUACUUAACAUGCACCAAUUUUGGCUUGAGAGAGUUAGAAAUUUUGGAACUUUUGUCUUCUUUAGAGUAUCAGGGUCCUCCUUGUAGCAAUUAUGAAGAUAACAGGAAAGCAGACUUUUCUUCAACUGUUUGGCUCGGUAUUAAGAAUGAUAUGAGGGUGCUUCUGAAGGAGUAUUAUGUGGAUAACAGGCCUUACUUUCAUUGGAGCCAUCGUUCGAUUACAAAUGGUGUUAAACAACGCUACCUCUCCGAUCCUGAAAAUGCUCGAAUGUGCCACGUGGAUUUAUCUAGUGCCUUUCACUUAGGAUACCUUAUGCAGAAAGAAGAGAAAGUCAAGACUUCUGGUAAUGUUUUAGGUCUGGAAGAUUCCAUGAAAUUAAAGAAGAAAGAUGACUGGUCGGAUAUGUUGAGAGAAGUGGAUGAAUUGUGGAUCCACCUCCUCCUAAGUGGGGAUUAUCAGAAGUUGAAGACGGAUGCAAUAUGCAAUUUCGACUUCCUCCUUUCUGCUGUUAAAGGAGCAUCCAUAAGUUACGUUCGCAGUUUACUGGAGAUUGUUAGAUGCAAGUUUUUAGACUGGGAAGUCGAAGUGUUGUACCAAAUGACUAAACUGUCAGUUGAUGUAUUAAGUCAAGAUCCUCAACAAUUAGCCACGGAGAUUCUAAACUGGAUAAAGCCUUUUUCAGACGGCACUUCCGAAAUUUUAAACAAGUUAGUGGAGAACGCUCUGAACUGGUGCAACAACUACACCUCCCAACUUCUUAUACCACUUACAAACUGGUUGAACUUGAUUCUUCCACCUCAAGCCACAAUACUAAACUGUCCUAAACAGAUAACGCAUAUGAUAACCACCCCAGAUAGCCAGUAUAUUAUAUGUAGCACCCAGGAAAAUUCGCUACAAAUGUACCAUCUUUCAUCAAAGAAUGAUGUCAGGAGUUUCGAUGGUCAUAAAGAUACCAUCAAUUGCAUGUACAUGUCUGUUUCUGGUCGCCUGUUUGCUUCAGGUUCUAAGGAUUUCGAUGUUAUCAUAUGGGAAACGAAUAGUGGAAAGAUUAAGCAUCGUCUCAACCAUCACGCAAGUGAAGUACUGAGCGUUACCAUUAACCACGCCGAAACAAUUGUGAUUAGUGGAUCCGAAACUGGUGUGGUUAUAGCAGCGAAGCUAACGACAGGAGAAGUCAUUCGACGCAUGGAGUGUCAUAAAGGAGCUGUUACUUGCAUCUCCUUUAACAGUGAAGAUGAUAUAUUUGCAACAGGUUCUUAUGAUAGAACGAUUUGCGUAUGGAACCUCGAUGAUUUUUUGUUACUGAAUACCAUCAAUAUAUCUUCUUCUGUAUCAAAAAUGAAUAUAUCAAGCGAUAGUACAUUCUUACUAGUGGCAUGUACAGAUAAUACCGUACACGUAAAAUCACUUACAACUGGGUCAGACAUUCACUGUUUGGUAGGGUACAGUGAUUCUGUAACAAGCCUUUGUUUUGCAAGAGAUAAUUGUAGAUGUGUCAUAGGAUGCUCUAAUGGAAAAUGUUACGUGUUUGAUAUUCAUUCUGCUCAAUUGCUACAGACAUUAUCAGGCCAUGUGGAUCCUGUUACUGAUAUUUUGUCACAGGACCAAGAUAGAUUCUUGAUAACAGCAGGAGGUUGUAAGGUUGUGGUAUGGAAUUUUUAUAGAAAAACGGAGAUGGGACCAAAACCAAAAAACCGAAAAUUAAAGAAUCAUCGUGAAGCCAUUACCUGUUUAGCAGUAUCACGUGAUGGUAGUAUGGCAGUAACAGGCUCUAGAGAUGGUUUGGUUAAUAUCUGGCAGCUAUGCACUUCUGAGUUACAUAACAGCCUUCAAGGACAUACGGGUGCUAUCACGUGCGUUGCGUUCGCACCUAACGGCUUAUUUGCGGUAUCUAGUGCUGAAGAUUUAACACUUCGCGUAUGGGGCUUAACUCUAGGACUUGUAGUCUCUACUUUUAAGGAACAUCAGUAUAAGAUAAUAGCAGUCGCAGUGACAUCAGACAGUCGUAGGGUAUUAUCUGUCGAUAUCCAAGGUACUCAUAGAGUGUGGCAAGCUGAUUCGGGUGUACAACUUAUGAUGGCUAACAAGGCAUAUAAUCAGGUUACUCUACAUGCCAAUAUGGUGUUUGCUAUAGGUGGAAAGAACGACAAUAGCUUGAGAUUCUGGCCGGUGACAGAUAUGGAUUCUGAAAAGGCUGUCAGUCACAGUGAUGUCAUUUUAUGUUACACGGUUACUUACGAUUGCCAAACUACAGUAACGGGCUCUCAAGAUAUGUCGUUGAAAGUCUGGGAAGUGGCAACUGCAAAACUAACUCAGGUUUUAGUCGGACACGAACAACCUGUCACGUGUGUUGCUGUGGCUCCGUACAGUCCAUCUCUUGUCGUAUCUGGUUCCAUGGAUUGCACCCUUAUCGUAUGGGAUAUGAACACAGGAAAUGAUACGUUUACAUUAUGUGGACAUAGAGAGGGAGUUAAAUCAGUAAAACUUACACUUGAUGGAAAUGUUGCCAUAUCAGGUUCUGAUGAUAACACGAUACAGUUAUGGAAUGUUCAAACGGGAUUAAGAAUCGCCAUGUUAGAUAUGCAUAUGUCGUUUGUUAACAUGGUAACUCCUUUAAAUAUCAGCCAUCUCGUUAUGCAAUUAACUAACAAUCAGCUAUUGUCGAUACUUCGCCUUCACAAUAACCCAAGCAAAGGGUUGAUUCUAGAUCUUCCUCCAGGAACACCUGUUACUGAAGAAGCAAAAACUCCAAGUCAUUCAUGGAGAGGAGUAGUACCAAAGAGGGUCCUCCUUCGUGGUAAUCUGAAGAGGGAACAGUCUUUCGAUUCUUUCUAUUGGGACAUGAGAUCUGCAUCACCAAAACACGACAUAGCAGCGAGUCUAGAAGAUUUUCGUAGAGUACCUUCACCAUUUGGCUCUAGAGAACAUCUACACUUGGCAGGAACAGUUUGGGAUGGUUCAAUAGGACGGCGCAACAUUCCUCUAGGUGAAGGUCUGGUGUUACAACCCAAACCAAAAUUACCAAAGCAUAAAAUAUUAAAGAAACAACAAAGCAUGUUUGCGUGCUUCCCGGAAUACACUCAACAUCAAUUGCCUCCACAGUUACUUUCUCCUCAAGCCCUGUCGAAGGAAGUCGAUAGGAAACUAGACUUUCUACCAAGAUCCCAGAGGCUCACCCAUGCAGAAUCAUUGAGCAGGACAGGGAGUAUUGAAGAACCACCAGAAUUUAAUUCAGGAGAGGGAGAUGGUUAUGCAGUUAGGCAGUCUGCAGUGUGUUCUAUAGUAUGAUAUCCUUCUAUAUCGCAAUGCCGAUAGUAUUGCACAGUAUUAAUCAAAGCUCACUGUACGUGAAAUUGUUCAAUGUUACAGAAAGGAUGAAUAAAUGUUCAAGAACACGCAAUGUAAAGCAAUUUUACUGGAAAAAAAUGUCUAAAUUUUAUGUUAUUAAGAUGCUGUAAUGCAUUUAUAUGGUUUGAUGACGUCAUGCACUGUCACAUAUGUUGCCUUAACUUAUCCAAAAGAGUUUCUAAAUUUAAAUUUUAUUCAGUUUAUCUUAUUUAUUCAAAAAAACAAAAAUUUAAAGGUAAAAUUAAGAUUUCAGUUUAAAAUUUAAUUGAAUUUAAUAGAAAAAUAAUUGUUAAAACUGGUCUUCCUAAAUGGGAUGAGGCUACUUUCUAAGAAGUUUGUGAGAAAGAUAAUUAAAAAUAUUCCUAAAUCAUGAAAUUUAAUUAAAAAUUUAAGUAAUUUAGUAUUAAAAUUUAUUAUCAUUUCAGAUAUUUUAAACCUCAUUUUAAACCUAAAAUGUAUUUUGUAUCGUUCAACCAAACUGUCAGCCAUUUUUGUUUGACCAAACAUGGUUGACAAUUUGCUAUUUUUGACACUAAAACUUCAAUUUUUUCAAUAGAUAAAUCCAGUAUAAAGGAAAUUUAAGCAUAUUUUAAAGUCUUUCUUGUACAAUUUCUCAGAUCGAAGCUCUCGAAUUCUAUUAAAAAAAUCCUCUUCAAACAGGAUCGUAA